AGAAAGAUGAGAUCACGGUCAGAAAAUUUUUACUGCUUACCAUUUCCAUUUCAACUCUCAGUUAUUUUGGACAUUUACCGUGGCUUCGGUAAAUUCAAGUCCAUGCAAAGGGGCCACCCUCACCCUCUCAUGAUACAGACAUGCAAGUAAAAAGUUAUGAUUUCUGAACGAAAGUUUCGUUCUUUAGAUUCGAUAGAUAUCCCUUCAGAGCGAUUUAUUAAACCCUAGCUUGAUUCGCAAUAGCCACCGCCACCGCCACCGCAAUCAAAGCUCCCUUUUUAUCCUCUCUGUUUCAGAGGGGGAAGAGAUUGAGUGAUCUAUAAAAAUGCAGCACAUUCCGACGACGGUCGAGGAACAGUUGUUUUUGAAAGCGAUUAGGCAGGAAUGCCCGUGGGAGAGUUUGCCCAAACGGCUUCAAGCCACUCUUAAUUCUAAAGAAGAAUGGCACAGAAGGAUUAUUGACCAUUGUAUCAAGAAAAGGCUCCAAUGGAACACUUGUUUCGCUCACAAAGUAUGCAAGGAAAGUGAAUACUAUGAGGAGAUGAUGCGUUAUUUGCGAAAGAAUCUAGCGUUGUUCCCUUAUCACCUUGCGGAGUAUGUUUGCCGUGUGAUGAGGGUGUCUCCUUUCCGAUAUUACUGUGAUAUGAUAUUUGAGGUUAUGAAAAAUGAGCAACCUUAUGACAGCAUCCCAAAUUUCAGUGCUGCUGAUGCCUUGAGACUUACGGGAAUUGGAAGAAAUGAAUUUAUUGAUAUCAUGAAUAAGUGCAGGUCUAAGAAAAUUAUGUGGAAGCUGAACAAGUCGAUUGCAAAAGAGUUGUUACCUACCCAACCUGUGGACUUUCCCAUUGAACCUUGGUGGGGAGUCUGCCUUGUUAACUUUACCCUAGAAGAGUUUAAGAAACUUUCAGAAGAAGAAAUGGCAACAAUAGAUAAAAUCUGCAAGGAAGAAGCUAAUGCAUUUAUCCUGUUUGAUCCUGACGUUAUAAAAGGUCUUUAUCAACGAGGAUUGGUCUAUUUUGAAGUCCCUGUCUAUCCAGUUGACAGGUUUAAAGUUUCUAGGCUUGAAGGGUUCAUUUCUAACAAGGAGCAGUCUUAUGAGGAUCCUAUUGAGGAGUUGUUAUAUGCAGUUUUUGUUGUUUCAAGUGAGAAUGCAACUGUUGCUGAGCUGGCAUCAACCUUACAAGCAGAUCUUAAUCAACUGCAGGCUGCUGCAUCUUUUGUUUGUCGCUUGGGAUGGGCAGUAAAAGUAAUUGACCCUGCAUCUGUGCUUCAAGAAAACAGAAGCAUACCUCCUCAUGGUGUCAGUCUUACAGAUGAAGAAGAUGCCUCUCACCGUAGUUCAACCUCAGCAAAUAUGUCCACUGAUGGUGAGCCUGCUCAACAAGGAGAUUUUUGGGUGACAGAAAACUAUGGGCCUCGUUCUAGUGAUGCUCGGGUUGCUUUUGUUGUUGAUGCUAAUAUAACAUCUUAUCUCAUGAUGGGCUCUGUUUCACCAGGAUUGAAAUCUCAUGCUGUGACAUUAUAUGAAGCAGGGAAAUUAGGUCAUGCUAGCAUUUCAGACCUUUGCAAAGACCUGAGCACAUUAGAGGGAACAAAAUUUGAGGGAGAGUUGCAGGAAUUUGCAAAUCAUGCAUUUAGUCUUCGCUGUGUCUUGGAGUGUCUUCUAUCAGGUGGAGUUGCCACUGAUACCAGAGCUGUGGAAAUUGCUGAUAGAAUGGGAGGUUCAGCUUUAGGGUAUGAUGAGUCUAUUCUGAUAGCUGAGACCUCAUUAACUGAUGUAUCCGAACAAUCUGCUACUAAUGAAACUGAAGAAAACAUUAAUGACACCAAUAAUUUAGAAAUAUUACAGGAAGAUUCUAUUGUGGAUGGUGAUAACAGAUCUGCUGCCUUGUCAAAAGAUGGUAAUCUCUUAAGUGAGGUUUCCAAGUCAGAUCUGAAUGUCCAGAAUGAUGAGAAACUGAUACAGAUGGUAGGGCUUGACGUAGGAAAAGGAACUUCAAGGAGGAAAAAGAAAUAUCGAGUGGAUAUCCUCCGCUGUGAAAGCUUGGCUGCUCUGCCAAAGGCAACCUUAGAUCGGUUGUUUCUUCGUGACUAUGAUAUUAUUGUGUCUAUGGUUCCUCUUCCACAUUCAUCCGUUCUUCCUGGACCAACAGGUCCCAUUCAUUUUGGUCCUCCAUCUCACUCAUCAAUGACACCUUGGAUGAAAUUGGUGCUAUAUUCAACAGUUGCUAGUGGCCCUUUAUCGGUUGUUCUGAUGAAAGGACAAAGUCUACGCAUUUUGCCUGCACCAUUAGCUGGUUGUGAGAAAGCCCUUAUAUGGUCUUGGGAUGGUUCAACAGUUGGAGGCUUAGGUGGAAAGUUUGAGGGAAACUUAGUUAAGGGAAGUGUACUUUUACACUGUUUAAAUUCGCUUCUUAAGUACUCUGCUGUUAUAGUGCAGCCAUUAAGCAGAUAUGACCUAGAUGGUUCUGGAAAAGUUGUUACACUGGACAUACCCUUACCCCUUAAGAACUCUGAUGGCUCAGUUGCUCAUGUAGGGAAUGAGCUAGGACUAUGUGCAGAGGAAUGUUCGAAAUUGAAUGAUCUAUUAACUGAUUUGGCUCACAAGAUAGAGUUAUGGACUGUUGGUUACAUUCGCUUGUUGAAACUUUUUAAAGAAAGAGAAUCAGAUCAUUUUGGCCCUGAUGAGGAAAAGUAUGAAUGGGUUCCACUGAGUGUUGAAUUUGGGAUGCCACUUUUCCACCCUAAAUUAUGUGAUAAUAUAUGUGAAAGGAUUGUCUCUUCGCAGUUACUUCAAGCAGAUUCACUCACUGAGCAUCAUGAUUCAAUGCAAAGCAUACGUAAAAGGUUGCGUGAUGUUUGUGCAGAGUAUCAAGCAACAGGUCCUGCAGCAAAACUUCUUUACCAAAAGGAGCAGCAAAAGGAUCAUUCAAAGGAGUCAAAGCAAUCAAAGCUACUCAUGAACUUUGCUAGUGGAAAGUGGAAUCCACUGCUAGACCCUUCUUCUCCCAUUUCUGGAGUAUCUAGUGAGCAUCAAAGAUUAAAACUUGCCUGUCGACAGCGUUGUCGGACUGAAGUUUUGAGCUUUGAUGGUAGCAUUCUUAGAUCAUAUGCCCUUACUCCUGUAUAUGAAGCUGCCACAAGGCCUGUUGAAGAUUCCACCCCAGUAACCACAACAAAAGUUGAUCCUGAUGAAACUGACAGCAAAGAAAUAAUCCUUCCUGGUGUUAACCUUCUUUUUGAUGGUGCUGAGUUGCAUCCCUUCGAUAUAGCUGCUUGUCUGCAGGCACGCCAACCAGUUUCCUUAAUAGCAGAGGCAGCAUCAGCCUCUACAGCUUUUGCAAUUAAUUAGGUCUUAUAAAUAUGAGAAGUGCAGAUAGAAUAUUUGUCCGGAUACUGACAAAAGGAAGCUAUUGUGUCCUGCAUACUAAAUUAUUCUGCUACCUGGUUCAUCUGCUUCAUCUUUGAAGUCGUUCUAUGGAUGUGAGCUAGCAGUUACAUCAAAGGUAAAUACCAAGUGUUUUUCUGAUAAUAUUACACUUAUUUGUUUCAUGGGUUUCAUAAAUUUAGGAAUCUUUCCAAUUAUUUUGUAUCAUCAGUUACCAUGAGAAGCCACUUACCUCCCUUGGGACUACCAUUUGUGCCAAAUGCAAAGAAGCUAAUCAAGGGGUUAACUGUUACCUUGUUUUAUCAAUUGGAUCCGGUGCUUAUCAUCUUUACUGGCAUAAGUGCAGAUGCUCUAUAUCUGUUGAAGGCUGGUUCUUCAUUGCUGCGGGUUAGUACGUGUUCCGAAAGAAAAGGGAAUACUUUUUGUGAUUAGUAGGUUGAAUACUGAAAUGUUACCCUUUUCUUGUUGCUUAUUAGUUGCGAGAAAAUGUAGAAAGUCAAUUUUGCACAUGAUACAUAUAUAGGAAAGGGAAAGUUUUUUUUUUUUUUUGGCAAAAUAUAAACAGUUGUAUCUUUCUGCUUAAGUUGCAUAGAAUUUCUAUUCAAAAAUUUUUGUGCUAAA